AUGCCGCUUGGCUUGCGGCUGAAGGCCAUUCCGUCCUCCGCCAUAAAAUCCACUUCAUUCCGUAUCGGAGCCGGGACAUCGGCCGGUCAUGUCUUCUUCAGCCGAUGGUCAUCCACUUACGCCACUCCGACGUCAGAACUACCUUCACUCAACCUUCUCGUGCAUCGACAUCUCACAGGAUCGGGUCCUGAUGCUUUCGUCCCCUAUGACACUGCCGACAAUGAACAGGAAGAACUCCGCUCGUUGUUUCUCGAGUGGAAGAGUUUGAGCGAGGAACAACAACAAGACAGAGGCCACAUACCCCGCCCUCAUCUUCUUUCUUUUGAACCAACACCAACUCUCACGCUUGGGCGCCGACAGCGUCCCCUCACUUCCGAGCAAACCUCCUACUUCAAGUCUCCCCUCCACGUUGGUCUCCCUCAUCGCCGUAACCCUGUCAAUGAUCAGAGCUUCAUUCCCGAGGUCAAACAGACAAGCCGUGGUGGUUUGACGACCUACCAUGGCCCUGGACAGCUUGUCUUGUGGCCUGUGCUAGACAUGCACUCUCCCCUAUAUGCGCAUUACUCAGUCAUGUCAUAUGCGAACCAUCUUGAAGCGACCACACGUCGUCUACUGGCAUGUUUGUUCGGUUUAGAAACUUAUACAACUCGAGAUGAACCUGGAGUCUGGGUCCGUACCCCCGCCGGCCAACCAGAACGUAAAAUCGCAGCAAUUGGAGUUCAUCAUCGGAGACACGUCACAGCCCUUGGUAUUGCUAUCAACAUCGACGUCUCGGUAGAUGGUCCCGACGUUGUUAAUCCUUGGGCUCGUUUUGUUCCUUGUGGCCUUGAAGGUAAGCUUGUCACCUCGGUGGCCGCCGAAUUAGCAAUGAAAGAUGGUAUUGUGCGACUUGGUGGCUGGAAUACUGCCUCGCUAGCAGCCGUGUGGGCGAAGAUAUUCGAAGAAGGGAUAGUAGAUGAUACAAAGAGAAGUAUUGACGGCGAGGGGAGCUCCCAGUUCCGUCGAGCAGUCUCGUGA